UUCAGAAAAAAACAAAGAAGGCGAAGAAGAUUGUCAAAGUCAGAAAAUUUUGAUUACUCACGAAACGAAUUGUUGGAUUCUUGAAAAUAUCGGCAUUUAUUUUUUAUAAUUUCUCACAUCUCCUAUCAAACUUUAUCAAACUCAUAAGAUGUUUCUCACAAGAUCAGAGUACGAUCGUGGAGUCAAUACCUUCAGUCCUGAAGGCAGGCUUUUCCAAGUGGAAUAUGCUAUCGAAGCUAUAAAGCUAGGGUCAACAGCCAUUGGCAUUUGCACGUCAGAGGGAGUAGUUCUCGCCGUCGAAAAGAGAAUUACUUCUCCGCUUAUGGAACCGACUACUAUUGAAAAGAUCGUGGAAGUCGAUCGUCACAUUGCUUGUGCAGUAUCAGGACUUAUGGCAGAUUCUCGAACCUUGAUAGAGAGAGCUCGUGUGGAGUGUCAGAACCACUGGUUUGUGUACAAUGAGAAGAUGAGCGUCGAGUCAUGUGCACAGGCUGUAUCCAACCUGGCCAUUCAAUUUGGAGACAGUGAUGACAACAGCGGCACUGCCAUGUCCAGACCAUUUGGUGUUGCUGUGAUGUUUGCAGGUAUUGAUGAGAAAGGACCCCAGCUAUUCCACAUGGAUCCAAGUGGUACAUUUGUGCAAUACGAUGCUAAAGCCAUCGGUUCUGGUAGUGAAGGAGCUCAGCAAAGUCUUAAGGAAUCUUACCAUAAAUCCAUGACGUUGAAGGAGGCUAUAAAAUCAGCUUUGACUAUUCUCAAGCAAGUCAUGGAGGAAAAACUCUCUGAAAGUAAUGUGGAAGUCGUCACCAUGACACCUGGUUCCCUAUUCCACAUGUUCAACAGAGAGCAGCUCGCCGAAGUGAUUAAAGACAUACCUUGAGUCACACUUUCCAUAAUACUGUUAGGUGUAAAGAUUUUAUUAAGUCAUUGAAAAUUAUAUCCAGUUUUAAUAAAUAAAAUAUAUAAUUGUGAUUAGAAAUCUUUAAACCUAACAAAAAAUUCACGUAAAUGUAAAGUUCUAUUUGCAGUAAAUAUUUGGUAUCUUA